GGAGGGGGCAGAGCCGAGAGAGAAACAAAAAACGUGACUAGGCACCCAAAGCGUCCUGUUAUGCAACAACUGACCUACUAACAUACAUUUAGAGACUCGGAGGGAGAAGGAGAGAGAGAGAGGGAAGGAAACAGAGAGAGGGAGGAAUUGGAGCAAACAUGACAGGAGGAGCGCGCUGAAAACAAGCGGCACUGUGUUCACACUCGCGCAUAAACCUGCGCUAAUCGGAGAGCUGGUGUUUGGAAAGUGACGGACGGUGUGCGCGAGUACAGCAGCCGAUGCGCAAAGCGGAUUGUUGGACUGUAUCCUCUGUGCUACUUUUAGACAAAAGGGCCUUUCAUCUCGUAGUCAAAUGAGGAGAGACAGACAGAAGCUCCCUGAGAGACAGACACGCAGAGGUAGAUGGGCCGACCUACAUCCUGCUGUUUGUGUGGAGAUCUAGAACGCCGGCUCAGCUCACUGUGCUAAACCUUCAACAACCAACAGCCCAAAAGCAAGAGGCAAGAAAGACAUUUGUGGUUUUUUUUUUAAAGACUGAUCUGAUCCACUUUGGGUCUGUGAUACUUUAAAGAGUCUGGACACUGAACCAAAAACCCUUCAAGUGGAUAAAUGAGGGUUGCUAAUGCUGAGCUCCAGCUGUUCUUUAUUUUUUUGGCUAAUUUGGGCACUUGAGUCCCAUCCUGACAAAAGAACACUGAACCUGCAAUAAACAACAAGAACUCAGCGAGAAAAAGUUGUCCCCAUCCCCCUCCAGCCCUUGUCCUCUGACCCGGUUCUUUUCCUGCGGCACAUUUCAAAGUGGCUGAAAGAUGGAAAAUCUGACUUCAGCUCUCAAAACAUUAAACAAAAACUCAGGGAAUAACCUCAGCUGCCUUGAGACCUUCAGCAGCUAUGAAGAGUCUCUUCCUUCUGUUGACGGGAGUCCGGCUCGCCUGGGGCGCCUCAUCAAGCCCAAACCCAACAUGAGCUGCAGGCGGAAACGUGAGUUCAUUUCAGAUGAGAAGAAGGACGCCUGCUACUGGGAGAAACGCCGCAAAAACAAUGAGGCAGCCAAGCGCUCCCGGGAGAAGCGGCGCCUCAAUGAUAUGGUUUUGGAGAACCGCGUCAUUGCACUGAACGAUGAGAAUGUGAGGCUGAAGACGGAGCUGCUCCAGCUGAAGCUGCGCUUCGGCCUCAUAAGCACUGCGUCCUACAUUGAAAAGAGCCAGCAGAUCGGUGUAAGCAACAGCACAGGAAAUGGAGGCUCCUCGUCAUCCUCCUCCUCCUCCGCUCAGUACUACUCCAGCGGCUACUCUAGUGGUUCUCAGGUGAUGAUGAACUCUGACUCCUCAGAAACGGAGCAGCUGGUGAAAUACUCCCCACGUGGCUCCCUCUCCGACAUGUCCGACGGCUCCUCCAGGGACAGCCCAGAGCCAAUUCCCUUCGAGAUCAAGCAGGAAGGAGACAGGCUCGAGAUGGACAUCGCCAACGGCACCACCACCCAGAUCAUGUUCAACAUCCACCGUGGUCUGGCAUCCGUGCCCACUCACCACCAGAUCCAGCAGCAUUCUCAGGAGCUGGAGACUGCGUAUCACAGCCAACAGCAGCACCACCACCAACAGCAACAACCCCAUCCAGAGCCCGUUUCUGCUAUCAGCACUGUCAGCCAGCCCGCCCCUCACCCUCCUGCUGCCCAGAGGAGCGUCAUUCUGUACGGCUCCAGCAGUGCCUCCUAUCCUGUGGAUGCCAUGACGAGGCCCCAGGACAUCGAACUGCAGGCAGCCCAGAAAACGAGCAGCCAGACAUGCAGCAGCCGGCUGCCGCAGACCAUCACAGAGAGCUCCACAGAGACACUGGCUGAGGUGACAAAGCAGCUGGAGAGGAAGACAUUAGACUCGCCUCCGUAUGAGCUCUCAGACAGCCGUAACGAGGCCGGGGACAGACAGGUGUACAGAGUGUGCCAACCGCCCCAGCAGCACCUGCCGCAGGAGCAGCAGGAGAGAGAUCCGUCUGCAACGGAGGGGGUCAACCACUCCUACCUGUACCACCACCUCCAGCAGCCUCAGUCAUACCUCAGUGCCCAAGACGAGGAGCCGCCCGUGCUUACCUACGAGGGCGAGCACAGGCGUGAAACUUUUGGAGGCCAAUCGAGCUCCUGUAACAAGGACACAUCAUCGAGUGACGGAGACCCCCGCAGCUCUGACAAAGAGGCCUCCACGGAUGAUGACGAGUCCCCCUCUUCAUCCUGCUCAGACACGAGCAGCUACCAACAUCUCACCAGCCUCCACCAUCCCGCUUCGCCGCUGCCCUCCUCCCAGGGUGGCUCCCAAGCCUCCCAGGGGGAGGUGAGGGGCACAGCAUUGCCCCACAAACUCAGACUCAAGCACCGGGCCAUGAGCACCGGGAGCAGCGGGGGCUCCGGCCAGGAGUCUCCAACAACUCCUCCUUCGGCCACGCCGCCUCCGCUGCCACAACAUCCCUACCUGUCCCUCAUGCCACAGCAGAACACUGUCCGAGAGAGUCUGGGCGGCAAACAGGCGGUGUCGGCGGAGGCGGCGGCGCCCAAGAAGGAGAGCACGAAAAAGGAGACAGGUGGACGUAGAAACAAGAGGCGAGAUUAGGCGAAAAAAGCCAAAAUAUCUCCUCCUAAGAACUACCCUGCCAUCAUGCCUUUGCCCUAUAAUCACAUCCCCUCCUCCAGCCCUCAGGACAAAAAUCUGGGCUUUUCUACUCCCCUAUCCCCACCAAAGGUUGGACAUCUUGUAGGGCUGUAUGAUAUUUGUAUAUAUUGUACAGAUUUGUCAAUUCUUACAUCCUCUCCAUACUUACAGAAGCACUUUUGUUUAUGUGAUGAGAGGAGGAAUGGAACUACCUGCUUUUCUACUCAUGUCACCCAACAACAUCGACAUUUAGAUCACAAACAAGAAUGUAGAAAAAGGAAAUGUUUUGAGCUUUAUCAGUACUAUGAAUUUGGUACAUAUCUGACUGUAGACAAACAUACAUACGUAUGGCUAUCUGCCUUAAUUCAAAUCUAAUGCAAACGUACACUGGGGACAUUCCCUCGACCAAAGAAACACUACAAAUAUCCAGUUCCAUACCUCUUCCCAGACCCUACCUCUGCCAGCCCAUACUCUCCCCAACCAUCUCCAGUAUUUCACAAAAGAUCGCCAUCACCUUUAUUUUUUAAGCACUUGGUUUGUAUAUUACUGUGAUAUAUGAAUAUAUGUAUCUAUUAUAAAUAUAUAUUUUACAAAGAAAAUUUGAAUACAAAUUCAACAAAAAUGCGACAAACCUGCAAUGGUAAAAGAGGGUUUCUGAAAGUGACCAUCCUAUUACGAUUCACAAUUACUGUACAGCCACGUUGUCCAGUGUUGCUACUAGGGACGUCAGCGAUAUUUACAUUAAUUAAUUCUCUGCAGUUAAUCAGUUAACUGCAGAGAAUAUUUUUGACUGGUUACGCAUGUUUGUCUAAAUAUAGAGGAAAGGAAAUUCAAAUUAGAUCUCUUCCUUGUCCAGCCUAUUUCUCCCAAUAUAUAAUGUCAAUAUGAGAUUUUGACUAUUUUCUUUUACGUCAGGUGUGUUUCCACUUUAAGCUAACUGAAGGUCUGUCAGUAAAGCAACCAGGAAAUACAAUUAAAGACAGAUGUUAAUUACAAAAUAUUAAAAUUUCACCAUCUUCAAAUGGAUAGCACUUUGAAAUGUGGCGCUAAAGCUCACUGAGUCAGUGGAGCGCCAGACUGAAAGGAGACGCCUCUUGUGCCAUUUGGCGAUCCUUUUUUUUUUUUUAACCCUUUGAAACCUGGAACAACAUCACUUUUCUUGCACUACUUUCAGAAGCCUUUCAGAAGCAUUUAAACGUUUGAACACUUAGCAAAAAGUUUUGACUUCUUUCAAAAAACAUGAAAAAAGGGCCACUUGCAGCUUGGUAAGAAAUGUUCCACUGAUUAUUAGGU